CCUUAAUCUGCUGCUGUGCAGUUCAGAGAGCAAUAUCAGGUCCCUGACGCUUGCAAAGCCUCACUGAUUAAGCACUGCCUCUUCAGUGCUUGGGAAGUCACAGAGCCACAGGCACGAUGAAACCAAGGUUCAACAUUUGGCUGCUGCCUCUCCUGCCUUUCCUUUUUUCAACUUGCAGCACAUAUGAUGUUCCUGUGACCCGUGAUAACUGCUGCAUCUUGGAUGAUCGAUUUGGUAGCUUUUGCCCCACCACAUGUGGCAUUGCAGAUUUCUUGAAUACAUAUCAGCCUACAGUGGAUCGAGAUCUUCGGAUACUUGAACAAAUCCUGGAGCAGAUCUCUAACUCUUCAGUUUUAACGGACCAACUGAUAGCUCAGAUUCGUCAGGUGUACAUCGGAUCCCCUCAAACUCAGCCAAAUGUGAUUCCAGGUUAUACUCAAAAGUCCAGAGAAAUCAUUGAUGAAAUCAUCAGAUAUGAAAACAUCGUUGUGGCCCAUGAAAAUACAAUACAGCAACUGACAGACUUGCUGAUUUCGAACAAUAACAAUAUUCAGCAUUUGAAGCAGAAGACUGCUCAGCUCGAGGCACAAUGCCAACAGCCGUGCAAAGACACUGUCCAGAUACAAGAAUUAACUGGAAGAGAUUGUCAAGACAUUGCAAAUAAAGGUGCCAGGCAGAGUGGUCUCUACUUCAUCAAACCUCUCAAAGCCAAGGAGCAGUUCCUGGUCUAUUGUGAAAUUGAUACACUAGGAAACGGGUGGACAGUUUUCCAGAGGAGGCUUGAUGGGAGUGAAGAUUUUAAUAAAAACUGGAUUCAGUACAAAGAAGGCUUUGGGCACCUGUCACCAAACGACCAGACAGAAUUCUGGCUGGGAAAUGAGAAGAUUCAUCUGAUAACCACUCAGUCGGCUGUUCCAUAUGCCUUGCGGAUAGAGCUGGAGGACUGGAGUGGCCAAAGAAGCUAUGCAGAUUACGCCCACUUCAAAGUGGGAACUGAAGCAGACAAGUAUCGCCUGACUUACGCCUUCUUUUCUGGCGGUGAGGCUGGUGAUGCCUUUGAAGGCUUUGAUUUUGGAGAUGAUCCAAGUGACAAAUUCUUCACAUCCCACAACGGGAUGCAGUUCAGCACAGCUGACAACGACAACGAUAAAUUUGAUGGCAAUUGUGCUGAACAGGACGGAUCUGGGUGGUGGAUGAACAGAUGUCAUGCUGCUCACCUCAAUGGCAAAUAUUAUAAAGGUGGUUCUUACACAGAGAAAGAUGCUGGACCGAGUGGUUAUGACAAUGGCAUCAUUUGGGCAACCUGGCGAAGUCGGUGGUAUUCUAUGAAGAAAACAGUGAUGAAGAUCAUUCCAUUCUCCAGGCUUUCAGUAGUAACAGGAGGGCAAGCCGGAGGAAUAAAAGAGGUUGGAGAUGUUUAAAAGAACAUUUUUAACAAAGAUUCAACUGGUCAAGUUCACAAACUUUUAUAAAAUGCUACUCUGAAGUUCACAAAGCAUCCAAAAUGUAGCAUCUGGAACUAGAAGCAAAUCAUUUAAUGUUCAUUUCCCACCUUCCAAUAAAAGACAUUCAUUGCUCACAUUUUCUGCUGCAUAUUCACAGUUGCACAAUUUUGCACAAGGUUGUUGUGGAAAACUGAAUAGCUCACAAGUUUAAAAGCCUGAAUCCUGAAGUUCUCCAGAUUGUGUCUGUAUGCAACAAUGGUAUAGCAAAAUCCACAUGCAAGAAAAUAUCCUUCAACAUAGGCAAAAACUGUUCUAGAUUAGAA